CGGACAGGCGGGCAGGCGGGCGGGCUCCUGGGCCAGGCACUGCACCUGUCAGGUGAGAGGGUGGAGAGGCUCCACUGCCAGAUUCAACUGGAAAGGAACCAGUCACAGCCCAGCCACACCUGGGAGCUGGGAGCAGGAGGCAGCUCAGGCCUCCCGCAGCCCCGCAGUCCCUGAGGUAGAGAAGGAGGUAGCAGGGAGCUGGAGACUGGGGCUGGCUAGAGCCCUGAGAAGACCUAGGAGGAGAUAGGGAAGGCAGGGCAGGAAGAGAGACAGGAUAAGAGAGCCUGGCCUAGAGAGGGAGAACCAAAGAGAAGAAGGAGACAGCUGGGCCAAGAGGGCGUGAAAGCUGGAACCAGUCACACAGUCCGGGAGGAAAAGAGCAAGAGGGAGAGGCGGUGCUAAGCCAGGCCGAUUGCCUGCUGUGGAGACCCAGGGAGGCGUGCUAGCGGGCAAAGGAAGGUGGCCUUCGCUCUGAAGCUCAGUGGCUACCCCAGUGAAACUCAGUGCUGCUGGGUUGGCCCCAACUCCAGAAGGUCAGCUGGCUCCUGGAAAGGUGGAGGAGGGUGGGAGGACUCGGGGAGAGUGGAUUCAGCGUGGGAUGUGGGCAUGGUCAGGGGCAGCCUCAUUCUGCCUUCCCAGUCACAAUGUUGGACCGCACCAGAGGCCCCGAGCUCAACCUUGACCCAGACUCCUCUCCCCUCCCCAACUCACCUAAGGGCUCCAUGAAGGGCGACAAGUUCAAGGAGCAAGAUCCUUGUCCUCCUCAGCCCAUGCAAGGGCUGGGGAAAGAAGACAAGCGCGAAGAGCAGGGCCUGGGCCCCGAACCCUCAGCGGCCCCACAGCCCACCGAGGAGGAGGAGGCACUGAUCGAGUUCCACCGCUCCUACCGAGAGCUCUUCCAGUUCUUCUGCAACAAUACCACCAUCCACGGUGCCAUCCGCCUGGUGUGCUCCAAGCACAACCGCAUGAAGACGGCCUUCUGGGCAGUGCUCUGGCUUUGCACCUUCGGCAUGAUGUACUGGCAGUUCGCCCUGCUCUUCGAGGAGUUCUUCAGCUACCCGGUGAGCCUCAACAUCAACCUCAACUCAGACAAGCUGGUCUUCCCCGCCGUCACUGUCUGCACCCUUAACCCCUACAGAUACACCGAAAUCAAAGAGGCACUCGAAGAGCUAGACCACAUGACGGAACAGACGCUCUUUGAGCUCUACAAAUACAACUCCUCCUACACUCGCCAGGCUGGGGCCCGCCGCCGUAGCACCCGCGACCUUAGGGGUGCUCUCCCGCACCCCUUGCAGCGCCUGCGCGUACCGCCUCCACCCUACCCAGCCCGCGCGGCGCGCUCGUCUUCCAGCGUUCGUGACAACAACCCGCAAGUGGACCGGAAGGACUGGAAGAUCGGCUUCGAACUGUGCAACCAGAACAAAUCGGACUGCUUCUACCAGACCUACUCAUCUGGGGUGGAUGCAGUGAGGGAGUGGUACCGCUUCCAUUACAUCAACAUUCUGUCCAGACUGCCCGACACCUCCCCGGCUUUAGAGGAAGAAGCCUUGGGCAACUUCAUCUUCACCUGCCGUUUCAACCAGGCCCCCUGCAACCAGGCGAAUUACUCUCGGUUCCACCACCCUGUGUAUGGGAACUGCUACACUUUCAACCACAAGAACAACUCCAAUCUCUGGAUGUCUUCCAUGCCUGGAGUCAACAAUGGUCUGUCCCUGACACUGCGCACAGAGCAGAACGACUUCAUCCCCCUGCUGUCCACAGUGACAGGGGCCAGGGUGAUGGUCCAUGGGCAGGACGAGCCUGCCUUUAUGGAUGAUGGUGGCUUCAACCUGCGGCCUGGUGUGGAGACCUCCAUCAGCAUGAGGAAGGAAGCCCUGGACAGCCUUGGAGGCAAUUACGGCGACUGCACUGAGGACGGCCUCGAUGUCCCUGUCAAGAACCUUUACCCUUCCAAGUACACGCAGCAGGUGUGCAUCCACUCUUGCUUUCAGGAAAACAUGAUCAAGAAGUGUGGCUGUGCCUACAUCUUCUACCCCAAGCCUGAGGGCGAAGAGUUCUGUGACUACCAAAAGCAGAGCUCCUGGGGCUACUGCUAUUAUAAGUUGCAGGGUGCCUUCUCCUUGGAUAGCCUGGGCUGUUUCUCCAAGUGUCGGAAGCCAUGCAGUGUGACCAACUACAAGCUCUCUGCUGGCUACUCACGAUGGCCAUCUGUGAAGUCCCAGGAUUGGAUCUUCGAGAUGUUGUCCUUACAGAACAAUUACACAAUCAACAACAAAAGAAAUGGAGUUGCUAAACUCAACAUCUUCUUCAAGGAACUGAACUAUAAAACCAACUCGGAGUCUCCCUCUGUCACGAUGGUCAGCCUCCUGUCCAACCUAGGCAGCCAGUGGAGCCUGUGGUUCGGCUCAUCUGUGCUGUCUGUGGUGGAAAUGGCAGAGCUCAUCUUCGACCUCCUGGUCAUUACACUCAUCAUGCUGCUGCAUAGGUUCCGAAGCCGAUACUGGUCUCCAGGACGAGGCGUCAGGGGUGCCAGGGAGGUGGCCUCCACGCCAACGUCCUCCUUCCCCUCCCGCUUCUGUCCCCGCCCUACUUCCCCAACACCUGCUUUGCCCCAGCAGGGCACAACCCCUUGCCUGGCCCUGACCGCCCCUCCACCUGCCUAUGCUACCCUAGGCCCCUCUGCCCCUCCACUGGACUCGGCAGUGCCUGGCUCUUCUGCUUGUGCUCUGGAGGAGCCCUGAGAGAGGAGAGUGCUCCCUCACCCAGGCCAGUGCUCCCUGGUAACCCGAGGGUUAGCUCGUCUUCAGCAGCACCUUCCACACCCGAAGAAAUAGGCUAAGGGGCCAGGAAGUUGUCCUGGUUAAUGAGCUGCUCAGGGCCGCCCCCUGCUCCUGCUUCUCAUGCUGAGCUUUCCACACAAGCACAGACAAGUCUCCUCUUCCCUUGGAUCAGCUAAGCCAAACUUGGCGCUUUGACAAGGAACUUUCCUGGGAAACGACCAAGGAAUAAAAUAUAAACAAGGCACAGAAAAGCAGCCACAGGUUUCCUACCCCGUGACCAGACAUUGGCCUGGCCUCACUGUCUUCUGGGACACAGAUGUCUGCUCUUGAACUUAGGUGGGGAACCCCACCCAAAAGCCCCCUUUGUUAAUUCUUUGGCAAUUUCCCUUCCCUGACUCCCCAAGGUGGGGGCCAGCGUAAGACGCGUAUAGUAAAGGUUUGGCCAUUCAUUUCCAAGACUCUUCUCUCAUUUGAUAGACCAGACACCAGUGCCUUCAAUACUUGUCUUCUUAGAUAUUUCCUCAGCCUAGAAGCUUCCUCUACCAUCUCCCAGAGAACUUCUAUGCAUCCCUCAGAACCCUGCUCAAGAACACCAUUACGUUUGUGAACUCUUUUACCCUUUCUUAUCUCCCCCAGAAUUAUCCUCAUCUCCCCUCAUUCCCACACUGUACUCUAUUAUAUGUUCUCAUCCUUUGUUACCUGCCUCCUUGAGUGGAUUGUGGACUCCUUGUGCUUAGGAUGAGUGUUGCUCAUUUUUGUAUCCUUCUAGUCUAGCCCAGUAUCCCACCUGGAGCAGGUGGGCAGGUACCCAAUAAAUGCUUGUCCAUAAA